AAUGAUAAAGGUCUAUAAUCCUGAGUUGCUUAUUUCUGAUGCAUAGGAUAAAUUAACAUAAUUAGUUAGGGAUGACUUUAAGCCCUUUAUCCUUAGAUGUGAAUAGCAUAAGUUAUGUGUCUUAGAAAAUGAAAACUUAAUUCUUUUCUCUCUUCUUUUCGAUAAAUGUUAACCAAUUAUUGAUGAAGCAUAAUUGUAUAAAUGAUUAUAAUAAAUAAGAACGAUUACAUUUGUAAGUUAGAAAGAUGAAUCAAAAAUUAUAGCAAUUAAGUUUAUAGACAAAAAAAGAAUGUCUUAUUUACAACAUAAUGUAAAUCAAUCUCAUGAUAUUUAGAUAAAUUCAAGGAAAACCUAUACAAAGUAUAUGGGACCAUUGGCAUAUCAACCAGUAAGAAAAGAAAGAACAUCAUUAUUAAGUACAGAAUCACCAGAAUAGAAUUUUCGAGGAAUAUUAAAUCUGGCAAUAUUGAUAUUAAUAGCUAAUCAUAUUAGAUUAAUAUUCGAGAAUUUUUAAAAGUAUGGUUUGUUAAUAACAAAUGUAUUUUGGAAGUUUGAGAUGAUGCAUAUCAAUGGUAAUCCAAUUAUGUAAGCUUUAUUAAUGUUAUUAAUUAAUGUAUUGACUGGAUUUGGAAUUCAAUAUUUAUAAUUUAAAAGAGAUAUUAAUACAGGCAUUAUUAGAGCUUUUAAUAUUAUCAAUAUUGUAUUGACUAUUAUAAUACCUUGUUAUUUAAUUUAAGGAUCACAUCCAGGAUUAAAUUUGAAUUUUUUAGGUGUUUAAUUCAUAGUCUUUAUGAAAUUGAUAAGUUAUGCUCAUUUUUUAAGAAAUACUUACUUUUAUAUUUAAAGAAUAAAGUUAGUAAAAAAUAAGAAAGUACCACUUGAUAAUUUCUUUGCUGAAUAUGAAGUCAACAAUGAAAAUCUAAAGAUUUUAGAAAAAUACUCCUAAGAUUAAUCUAAAAUAUUAGAUUUUAAACAUUUCUUAUAUUUUUUAGCUGCUCCUACAUUAUGUUUCUAAUUAUCAUACCCUAGAACAUAAUCAAUUAGAAAAGUUUGGUUGAUCAAGAGAAUAAUUGAAUAUAUUUUUGUUAUUCUCUUUUUAGUAAUUAUUUGGUUCCAAUACACAGAACCAUUAGUAGAGAAUACAUAUAAAAUGUUAUCAAAGGCUCCAACUUUAAUGAUUCUUGUUGAUAGAUUAUUAAAGUUAGCCAUACCCAAUACUUAUAUGUGGAUAGCACUAUUUUAUGGAUAAUUUUAAUGUUUUUUAAAUAUCACAGCAGAACUUUUAAGAUUUGCAGAUAGAGAAUUUUAUAAAGAUUGGUGGAACUGUAAAAAUCUUGAAGAAUAUUGGAGAUUAUGGAAUUUGCCUGUUCAUCAUUGGUUAGUUAGUAUAAUAUUAUAAUUAAAAUAGGACAUAUAUAUUUUCCAUGUCUAAAAUCUGGUAUGAGUAGAACUACUUCAAAUAUGUUAGUAUUCUUAGUAUCAGCUUUAGGUCAUGAAUAUAUUGUAAGUGCAUCAAUUGGUGUUAUAGAAGCUUGGGCAUUUGUAGGAAUGUUUGCAUAAGCACCAUUUAUGUUAUUAUAAAAGAAAUUAGAGAAGGUAAAUAUUAGAUAAUAUAAUUAGUUACUUAAAUUAUAAGAUUCUUAAUUGGGAAAUCUAAUGUUUUGGAUGACUUUUUGUUUUAUUGGUUAACCAUUAAUGAUUUUUGUGUAUUACUUUAGAUAUUUAGAAAAGAUAGGUCAUCCAAUAUGA